AUGGCUCGGUCUUGCUAUGCCACGUCCACUUCUAACUCAUUCUUAGCAACUUCAAGGUCGCAAGACCAACCAAGACCUACCAGCCGAGACGCCAUUCCAAUUCAGCACUUACUCAAUCCAGAUGGCAUCGUGGAAUCCUUCCCCAUCCGAGACACGCAAACGCCAUCAUAUCUUGAAGAAGAUGAAGGGACAGUCGGUGCCCUCGAAGAUUGCUCCGAAGCCUCCCGUUGGAGCGAAGACUAUGAUCGAAACAAUGUUUUUGUUGGUUCGAGCAUUCCUGACUACGACGGUAUCAACUUCGACUCGUUCUUUGGUGGAUUUGAGACGCUGACAUUUGGGUCCUAUCCACUCAACGCUGAUCUUGCAACCAUCCCCAGCACCGGAGGCCUUAUAUCUAGCCUAGCGUUGGACCUCGAGCCGCGUGCUUUUGAGAUCAGGCAAAUUCUGAUAAAUACAACAGCCAGCCUCGCUACUCAAUAUCCCGAAAAUCAAAGCAUGGGUCCUGAAGUCUACUCUGCCAUUGAGCUAAUUACGCACGUGGAGCUGGACCAUUGUCUGUCACUGUACUUUGGCAAUUACCACCGUCACUGCCCAAUUGUGCAUCGUCCCUCAUUUGAACCUGCCAUAGUUCCUAUACACCUACUCAUUUCACUUGCUGCCCUGGGUGCCAUGUACUCUUCUGAUCGGCGCAAAGUAGCCUCCUGGAAGAGCUUGUUGGACAUCAUAGAGGCCUAUAUCUUCAACUGCUCAGGAUUCCGAGAAGAAUACAUUGGCAGUAUCAAUCUUGCAGAAGCCCCUGACGAGGAUACACUGUUCUAUCAGUUCCAGAUGUUCCAAGGGGCCUACUUGAUGAUUAUAGCUCAGUACUUCUCGGGGAACUUGGCCGGUCGUCGAAGAGCGAGAAGGGAGCGCUACAUGAGGGUGCUUAACAUAGCCAGAGCUUUUGGCUUACCGACCGCUCAGCACAGAAAUCAUACGGUUCCUGAUGAAGUAUCCUUCCAGCGCUGGGUGCGAACUGAAUGCCGGAUCAGGUAA